GGAAGUCUGAAGAACAGUCGGAAGAUUUCACCCCAAGAGUUUAUUCAGGAAUUAAAAUCUGGGUCGACAGAUGAAAGACUAGUCACUUGCUUAGAAUCUCUCCGUGUGUCCUUGACCAGUAAUCCUGUCAGUUGGGUUGAAAACUUUGGCCGAGAAGGUCUGGGGCUGCUGUUGGAUGUUUUGGAAAGAUUGGUUGAGACGAAAAACCAGGACAAAGUUGUGAAGAGGAGUCAGCAUAAGGUUAUACAGUGUUUGAGAGCCUUCAUGAAUAAUAAGUAUGGAUUGGAACGAAUUUUGGGAGAAGAGAGGAGCCUUUUGUUGCUGAUCAAAGCAAUUGAUCCCAAGCAAACUAACAUGAUGACGGAUAUAGUUAAACUCCUUUCUGCAAUGUGCAUUGUUGGAGAGGAAAACAUCCUUGAAAAAAUUUUAGAAGCUGUUACAUCAGCAGCAGAGGAAAAGAAUGUUGACAGAUUCUCUCCUAUUGUAGAAGGUCUUCAGGAUAACUCAGUUCAGCUGCAAGUAGCUUGCAUGCAGCUCAUCAAUGCUCUCGUUACAUCUCCUGAUGACUUGGAUUUUAGGCUUCACAUCAGAAACGAAUUUAUGCGCAGCGGAUUGAAAGAGAUACUGCCACAAUUGAAAUGUAUAAAGAAUGAAGCACUAGAUAUUCAACUGAAAGUAUUCAAUGAGCAUAAGGAAGAAGACAUGAUUGAAUUCUCUCAUCGUUUAGAAGAUAUUAGAUCUGAACUAGAUGAAGUAAAUGAUGUCUACAACAUGGUGUGGAAUACAGUUAAGGACACCAGUGCUGAGGGAUAUUUUCUUUCUAUUCUCCAACAUCUUUUACUGAUAAGAAAUGAUUAUUUCAUACGUCCACAGUAUUUCAAAUUAAUUGAAGAGUGUGUGUCCCAGAUAGUGUUACAUCGAAGUGGAACAGACCCAGAUUUCACGUAUCGUAAAAGAUUAGAUAUAAAUUUCAGCCACUUAGUAGAUGUUUGUGUAGAUAAAGCAAGAUUAGAAGAAUGUGAAGAGAGGGCUUCUGAACUUUCCAGAAAAUUUGAAAAAGAUUUUGUAGUUCAUCAGGAGACCCAGGCCCUACUGCAAAAAAAAGAAGAAAGAAUCAAUGAACUUGAAGCAGAAUUACAAGCUUUUAAAUCACAGGCCCAUGAUAAAAGUUCUUCAACAUCAACACGUGGAGAUGCGUCUAUUGUUCCGCUGGCAGCUGCAGGACCACAACUGCCGCUUCCUCCUCCCCCUCCACCACUGCCUUCUAACGGAGCAAUUCCACCACCACCGCCUCCCCCUCCUCCUCCACCACUUUUGAAUGGCUUGGGAGUUCCUCUGGCUUUUGGUGGUGCUCCUCCACCGCCGCCUCUACCAGGCCUGCCUGGAGCACAGUGGUCUCCACCUUCAUGUACUUUGCCAUUUGGAAUGAAGCCUAAAAAAGAAUUCAGACCUGAGGUUACCAUGAAAAGACUUAACUGGUCCAAGAUCAGGCCUCAAGAAAUGACAGAAUCCUGUUUUUGGGUUAAGGCAGAAGAGGACAAGUACGAGAAUGCUGACAUGCUUUGCAAAUUGGAACUUACGUUUUGUUGUCAAAAAAGGG